AGGGCUUAUAGUAUAAGGAUGAAGCUUCUCGGAAAGCACCCACAGACUGUGCGUAGCAUUUAUCAACGAGGGGUCCUUCAGGCCAGUCUUGGACAUCUAAAUGAAGCAUUGCAGCUGUUUCUUGAAGGAUGGGAGAUGGAGAAGACACUUGGUGUAGGAAACCACAGUGAGGUGUGGCGAAAGAUUAUCACUGGCGUGGAAGAUAUGUGUAGCUGGACAAACAAAAGAAGAAAGAAGAAGUCAUUUAGAAGAGAGGCCUUAAAGUUUUGUCAAUAUUUAUGGGAAGAACAGAAAGCUUCUCAACAAUUCACCUUCAAUGAGUUUAACAAAGACAUUAUUGAAGCCUUGAAGGACCUCUCUAGUGACACAGCAGAUGUACAUUUUAUAGAGAGUGAGGAGCUUUGGUUCUUAAGAGGGAUGUGCAAAGAAUACAAGGAGAUGUCACAGGUAGGAGGGUAAUUACAGUACAAAUUUAUUCCUUUCAAGUACAUUUACCUGGCUGCUAAACAUUUUCUACUGCCUGUCUGAUUUCUAUCAUAAAAAAAUUCCCUGCAUUUACAUGUAUAUUUUUAGUCUGCAGUCUCCUUUGAUACUGCAACGCUUCUCCGAAAACAAGCUAAUCAUAGAAAUCACACAACCCCUGUUGGGGUUGAUCCAUAGAAUGUAGCUGAACAGGAGAAAAGUGUGUGUUGAAUUUUUUUCUCUUCAGCAUGAUAGUAUAACAAACAUAGAAGAAAUAACUGGAUAGGUAUUUUACAAAAGCUGGUUUUAAACUCACUUUGAGGGCUGAUUCUGCAUCUUUCCUACUCUGUCUAACACAUCGGAUGUCAUGUGAAAGUCUAGGGCUGGAUUAAUCUGAAAAGGAUGUCCAUUGAAGUAAUGGAAACUUGAACCUCAUUUUAAUUACUGUGUUUUGCUUGUUUAGACUCUGAUUCAGACAGAUGAAUUUCUAGAGGCAAUCAUAAGACCUGAAGGUAAGGAGAUACAUUUACAGUGUAUUUCUUAAGGUUAAAUUAAUAUGAAACAACUCUGCUUUAGAGCUACAAACAUUGUAGAGUCAAGAUUAUCUCCCUUUUAGGUUUGCUUUUCAGUGAAAUUUGUACUUCAUAGUCCUUUUUUGUGUAAUCUUUAUUUAUUUUAUUAAAUGAAAUGUUACUGUAUGUGCACAUAGCUGAACAAUCCAUUCUUGAUUGGGACAAAGGGGCAAAGGAUGUGAUUACAAAAGAAAAGGAAGAAAACAAAACUGUGGUAGAAUCUGUUCAAGAGAAAGCAAAUAGGACUGUGUUAGGGACUGGAGCCAGAUCUGAUGAGGAGAUGGUUGCCAGCUCUGGAGAAGACCUUGGGGGAGGAAACAAGAAGACAGGUGUAUCUCUGGCGGAAACAGUAGCUGAAGUUCCUCAAGCUGAAGGCGAAGGUGUUAGGUAAUGUUGAAUUGGUCAGAACUUGAUUUUUAGAUUGUGAAACCUUUUUUCGGUCUGUCUUUGUUGAUAGGAAAACAGAGUUAAGUCACAUGAUAUACAUGUACAUAGUGUAUGAACCAAACAAUGUUUGCAUUCAAUUUGACUGUCUUUUUUCUUUUCAAUUUUGGAUUAAUUUUUUUGAUACCUUAUUUGAAAUCAGUGUGCUUUAAAAAAAAAGAUUAAAACAUGCCUUACUGGAAUAAUGACUGCAGAGUCUUGGAAAACUCUUACAUGUUGCAUAAGCAUUAAUUGCCUUAACUUGUGUUAUACUUGGCUUCCAAAUAACUGGAGGACUUCACUUGUAGAACAAUUUGUUUUAGUUACGUACUAAUAUCCUUUUCAUUAUAAUGGACAUGUCUAAGCAAAUGAUAGUUAAACAUACAUGAAAAAAUUACUCCAUUCUGAUUGGUUAAGAUAAAUGUAGUUUUCAGGUGAUUCAAAGCAGGAGAGGGUUUACUUAGUGUGAAGAAGUAAAAGAACAAUUUCUUGAACUGUUUAGUCAGACUUUGAACUUUUUUGGGCCUUAAAGAUGUGAAAAUAUCAUUGUAUAUAAUUGUUUUGAUCGUAGGCAGUUGUUUUGACCAAAUGCGCAAUGUCCCUUGCAGGGUUUGAAUAAAUUAUUUUUGCACUUAAAGGGCACUUUGCUUCUAUAUAAUUAUUAUAAGUUAUCUUGUAUUUUUUCUAUCUUGUAUAUUAUUAAUACUAAAUCACAUGAUUUUUAUUGUGUGAUUUGGAAUAAAUAAGCACUUGUAAAUUUUUUCAAAGACCACAAAUUGCAAUUGCUCCUACAGGCUCGUGCAAUUUUGUUAGUCUUUGAGAAAAUUUACAAGUGCUUAUUUAUUCCAAAUUGCACUUGAAAUCAUGUGAUUACCUAUACUAAAACAUAAAACUAUUCCUCUUUGUACCAAAAUGGAUGCCAAGCACCGACUUAACUUCUCUUCUUGAAUUUUACAGAAUCCCUGUACCAACACUUGACACGCAUUGUAUUUUGAAAGACUCAGCAUUUGAAUAUAACAAGGCUUUAGAGGAGAGAAAAGUGGAACUGCCAUGGCAAAAUGAAGAAAAGGUAGAAAUUUUAAGGCUAAUAAUUAAAUUUUGCAAUUUAUGUCUAUUAAAGGAAAUUUGGGUUUUUUGAAGUUACAGACCACAAACCACAAGUCACAUUCAAAUAGCAGUUCUGCUGGAAUUCCAUCCCUUCCUGGAGCUUUACCAUCCUGUGUUGAGCUGAUAGCUGCCAUUGGUUCAUUGAGAUUUCGUGGUUCAUCCAGACUUGAUGCAACUGGUCGUUGCACAAUCGCCUCUUUAGUCUCCUCAGCAGGAUCUCCGGUGUUGUUUUAAGUUGUUGGUCGAAAUGGUCUGCAAAUCUGUCCAAGAUCUUGUUUUUCCCUUGCAAAACCGAUUCAUCAUCUGGAGCCUUUAGCUGGAUCAAUCCUCUUGGUUUGGGGCCAUAGAUUUCUCUCAGACCUGUGAAGAAUGUUUUCAUGUCCUUCAUGUCCACUGCAGUUUGGAAUUCCUCCUCUUUUUAUUUUUUUUCCACCCUAUGGACUUAGUCUCUCUCUCUGAUGUACUUCUGUAGCUCACUCUGAGCCUUUGAACUUUCUUCUUCUUUGGCCUUGUGUUACACUGUAGACUUUCCUGUCUAGCUAUAUUCCUCGCUUCGAAUAGUUUCUUCAAAUGUUUAUCAUGGUCAUCAAACCAAUCUUAACGUUUCUACUCAGGGUGGCCCAGAACAUCACUCACAGUCUGAUACACCAUAUCCUUCAGCGUUGCCCAUUUCUCUUCUAUGUCUUUCUCUGAGUUGUUGCUCUCCCAGUCUUUCAAGUUUUCGUCCAUUUUCUGUGUGAGUUCUUCCUGCUUCUUUUGGCCUUUCAGUACACAAGUGUCGAGCUUCCGAGGUGGAUUCCCACCCGUCCUGCAGUGCUGUUUUCGUCUACAAACCUUUAAUCUAGUUUUUAGCAUAACACGAUCAGUACCACAGUCUGCUCCUCUCAUCUCUCUGUCUUACUGUGAUGUAGUCUUGUGUAUGCCCUUGUGCCUGAAUAGGGUGUUGGUUACCACAAGGUUGUACUCUGAAAGUGGUGUAAGUAGAAGUUCUCCGUCAGUAUUGCACUUGCCUACUCCAUGACUGCCCAGCACUCCUUUCCAUUUCUCAGUGUCUGAACUAACUCUAGCAUUAAAAUCCCCAACGAGUAUCAGCCUGUCAUCAGACGGUACACGCCUGAUCGUCUCAGGUGGGUCAAUGUAGAACUCUUCCUCCGCCACGUCCGUGUUGGUCAUUGUUGGGGCAUACACGCUGAUGAAGAUGGUAUACAUCAUCCGCUGUAGUGGGAGUCUCAUAGUCAUUAUCCUGUCGUUGAUUGGCACUAGUUCCUCGAGCAUGUCGAGUACACCCAAACCGCAACGAUUUGUCUACGGUCGUUGACAAAUCGACGCACCGGAUGUAGAAUUGUGCGUAACCAUACCGGAAGUGAAGGGUGAAAAGCAAUGUUUGAAAAUGAGUAGCAUGGUAUGCUGGAAGUCGAAUCGUGUGUUAACAUACCGGAAGUCGGGGGGCGUCAGUAAUGUGUGAAAAUGAGUAGGAUGAAAAGAGAAAAUAACAACAGGAACCUUGCACGUUCUUAAAUCGUGAAACGGCCGGAAGUCCAUCGUCAGAAUAUUAAAAAUUCUUCCUUUUUAAAGCGUUAAACAGGGGCAUGAAAUGUUGACUAAUCGAUACGUUUCUUGCGGGUCGACUCGAAUCGUCAUUAGUAAACUCGACCCGUCUCACCGGAAGUCGAUUCGCAAAAGAAGACAAUACAUACUUUAGCGUUAAAUUGAGGUAUUUAAUGUUGACGGAUCGACUAGACUCGUCAUUAGUAAAGUUGAUUCGUCACCGGAAGUCGAUUCGUAGAAGUAAGCAUUAAAUUGGGGUAUUCGAUGUUGACGAAUCGACACGAUUCGCACGGGUCAAGUCGACUCGUCAUUAGCAAAGUCGAUCCGUCUCACCGGAAGUGGAUUCGCAAAAGAUUUGUCAUGUGAUUACUUCGUUUCUAAGUGUUUUGUUUUGAAAACGACAACUUCGGAGACGUGCAAUCUGAAUAUGGCUGGCUUUUACGAAGAUCGUGUUCGUUUAUUUCGUCUUUUCACAGUCCUUCAUUUUGUAGGAAAGAGCUUUUUAAACUUAUUUGGUUGUACAUCGGUUGUUAAGAAGUAUGUCUCUGUAUUUCCCGAACUUGGCGAUGUUGAGGUUCAUCUCGCGGAAUAUUUUCUAAGUGUCUUGCAAAUCGACUUCCGUUAUGACGGGUCGACAUCAACUGCGUCGAGUCAUUCGAUUCGACAACAUCUCCAACCCCCCUUCGUAGUUACUCGCAGAAUAUUUUCAAAUUGUCUUGGAAAUCGACUUCCGGUAUGACGGGUCGACAUCAACUGUGACGAGUCAUUCGAUUCGGCAAAAUCUGCAACCCCCUUUCGUGGCCACCUGCUGAAUAUUUUCUAAGUCUUACAAAUCGACUUCUGGUGUGACUGGUCAACUUUAGCUGAGACGAGUCGUUCGACUCGAUUCCAAUCGAGUCGAUUUGACAACAUGUUCAACCCUAUUUAGUAGCUACUUGCGGAAUAUUUACUAAGUGUCAUGUAAAUCGACUUCUUGUGUGACGGGUCGACUUUAACUGAGACGAGUCGUUCGAUUCGAGUCGAAUCGAGUCGAUUCGACAACAUUUUCAACAACCCUUGACAGUUACUUGCAAAUUGACUUCCGGUAUGCGUUUCCAUUUAAUAAGAGAUGGUUGAUCAGAUUUCCGGUGUAACGAGAUGCAUUAACCGCGAAUCGACUUCCGGUAAAACGAUUCGCAAACUGCCUUUGACGAAUCGUAACGGUUUGGUGUAUUGGACAACCCUCCGGUUCCUCAUCAAGCUUUGCUGCUAUCUCCUUUCUAACUGGAAAGCCUACUCCUGCUUCUCUCCUUUCUUGAGUCGGUAUCCCACUCCAAAAGAAAAUGUACCCAUGAUCUUCCAAGUUGUCAUAUCCAGGCAAUCUUAUUUCACCAAGUCAGCUAUUAACUGUUCAUUUCCAAGGCCACAAGCGCAGUCUAUCUUUCUGGGCGCUGUAAUUUUGGUCUGUCCAUCAAAGCGCGUACAUUUCAUUACGUAUAAGGCGGCUGUAUUCCUCUUCUUCCUCCUGCCUGCCCCUAACAUACUUUUCGCUGCCUGUUGGAGUGUAACAGAUCAGCGCAGACCUUGCUAACCCGGCCGACCUCCAAGCCGGUAUGAGUUGUUUUCUGAGUGACAAUUUCAUGAAACUGCUUGCAAAGUAUUUAAGUACAAAGUAUUUAGUAUCUCUGCCCUUUGUGUAGUGCAUAUCGAAAUGCACCGACUGGGAAAAGUCCACCACGCACCUUACGACAGAUGUGUUUUCUCACCCCGUGUAACUGAGAGUGGUCCACCACAUACCUUGUUUUUAAUUGUCAGGAUGCCCAGUUUCACCUUCCACACCCUCCUAGGGGCGGGUUGCCGGUUGAGUCGCCGACUUCCCGACCUAUAAGACAGGUAAUACCGGUUUUCAUGGUUAUCCAGUAGCAAGCAAACCGUUAAGCGUUCAAGAACUCUUGGGUUAGCCUUAGCUUGUGGUUAUUGCCAUUAAUAAUAAUUGGUGAUUCUGUUGCAGGUUUCUUCAGUAGUCAACCAUUCUACGGCAUGCAAAGAGAAAUGGUUGGAAAUUUCCCUUCUUUGUGACGGGUGGACCUCACGUGGGGGUGGUUUGUCAACGUUAAACAGGGAGCUGACAGUACACUUGGCAGGGGCAGGGAUGGUGCGGGUUACUGUCUUCCUUCCUGAGGGUGCUUGUGCCCAUGAGCAUAAGAAGGAGGCUGAAAAGCACGGGAUCAACGUGGUUGAAGCAAAGCGACUCCUAGGCUAUGAUGAUCCUCAGGUUUGGCUGAGCUUUCCACCUCCAGACCUGAAACCUGAUGUUGUAAUUGGUCAUGGUCAGAAACUAGGUCGUCAAGGACAAAUUUUCAAAUGUCUACCACACAGAUGCAAGUGGAUUCAAAUGGUGCAUACUGAUCCAAAAGAGCUGAGCAAGUACAAAAUCGAUAGCCAGGCUGUUUGUAAGGGCGAGGAAAAACAUAAGACUGAAGUUGGACUCUGUAAAAUGGCUCAUCUGGUCGUUACUGUUGGACCCAAACUGUAUGAUGCUUUCUCUAAAUACCUUGGAAAUGAAUAUGUCUCGAAUAUCCUAAAACUCACUCCUGGUCUUUUUGAGGAAUUUAAAGAUUUGAAUCAUGCCCUUAGGGAGGGUUCUAACUUCAAAGUGUUGUUGUGCGGCCGCAGUGAUCCAGAAGACUUCAAGCUAAAAGGCUUCGACAUUGCCGCCAAGGCUUUUGCUUGCAUUGAGCUUAGAGAACCAUCUUAUUUACUCAUAUUUGUGGGAGCUUUAAAGGGAAAAAAACAAGAGAUGAAAGGAAAGCUCCUCGAGUUUGGCAUUAGAGAAGAUCAGUUGUUCGUUAAAGAAUUUGUAGAAAGUAGAGAAGAAAUGAAGAAGAUGCUUUGCGAAGUUGAUCUGGUGAUCAUGCCCUCGCGGGCCGAGGGCUUUGGUCUUGUUGCACUUGAGGCUCUCUCCGUAGGUCUUCCUGUUCUUGUGGGCAAAAAUUCAGGCCUUGCUCAAGCCAUAAGAGAUUUGCCGAAUGGUAAAUUAUGCAUUGUUGAUUCAGAGGAACCCGAGGAAUGGGCGACUGCAAUCACAACUGUUCAACAAGGGCAUAACGAAUACCUACAGAAGAUAAAGGACCUACGUGAAGCUUAUGGGAAGAAAUACAGCUGGGAAGAGCAGUGUGAAGUUCUUGUAGACAAGAUGAGGGAGAUGAUACUGCAUGCAAACUGAAAGAUAGAAAGUUAGUGCCCUUCCUUUCUUUUGUCUAUUUAACUUAUUAGAAGGCGAAGUAAAAGCUGUUGAGAGCCCAAAAGCAACCCGAGGUUGAAAGAAAAAAAAAAGUUAAGUUUCAUAGCAAAUUGGCCAAUUUGAGAGUGGAAACCGAUAAUCAAAUUUACUGAGGUGGUCCCAUGUCUCUCUAAACCCUAUCAUACUAAUAGAAAAAAAGGUCAAUAUCGUGUUUAAAAGUAGAUCGUUGUUGCUUUUCGAUAGGUGCAGUAAAGCUAGUCCGGCGGGAAAUGCAAGUGCAGUAGUGACUUUGAUGCACAACCCGUGAAACUAGAAUGUAGAAAUUAGUUGGAAGACAUUGCAACUGGAUUGCACCCACGUACUCCUCUGUUCAUAUUCAUUAACAAUGGAUCAGUCUUGGAGAAUACUUUGAGGUGUUCAAAAGUGAGUUUCUAGUCAGCCAUUCUGUUUCAUGGGGUAAAAAAGGGCGGGGAACCUAAUGAAGGACGCAAACAUUCUUGUGUGCUCCAUUGCAUCAAAUUUCUAAGAACCUGUGCAACCUGAUCGGGAAAAGUGGAGGACUACUUGUACGCUGGAUUUUUAAAGGUAAUAGCACGAUUUCGAGUGUAAUUUUGUGUUGAUAAGCAAUGGUAAAUUUUUCAAAGACAACAAAACUGCACCAGUUCAUAGGAUGAGUGCAAUUCAUAUUCUUAUAAAAGUGCCUAUUUGCACCAAAUUGCACGAGAAACCAUGCUAUUACUUUGUAAUGAUUUACUUGAAAAAAAAAAACACGGAAAGUCAGGACAGACGAAAUUUUGACGGUGCGCGCCCACUAUUUAUAAUUUGCACUCGUGUUACAACUUUACACUCGUGUUACAACUUUGUUCUAGUUUUCAGUCAAUCAGAGCGUGAAAUGUUUCCACUUAUAUUAUAAGGCCGUAAAUCCAAAUCUCUUUUGAAAUGUAUUACAGAUAGACGUACAAUAUAUCUACAAUAACUUUUUCUUUUUAAUUUCAAUUAAUACGCGUUAAUGUUUUUACUGAUUUCCAUCCUAGAACCUUACAAUGAUAGGAGAACUUGACUGGAGUGGGACAAGAAACAACUAAAGGCAAAAUGACAGCACACAAAAUUGUACAUGGUGGAACACUCGCAAAAGUCGCUGGUGCUUUCCGUUGGUAUCGGUGACAUUCCCUGUAGGUCAGAACUCCCCUGGAAUUCCUCUUAGAAAACCCAAACUCUUGUACGCUUGUUUGUAUUUUCUUCCCAGAUUUGUCUUAGAUCGCCCCCAAAUUAUACCGCAGUCAUUUGGAAUCACCCACCCCUUCCCUACUCUUUCUUUCUUUUUCAAGACCAGGAUAGUAACUUUUUAAGGGAUGGAAAGGGUGAACUUCCCUGUAACCGUAAUGGAAAACUUCCUCUCAUGCAGUAGACGCUUUUUUCAGAGAAGUUGAUUCAAUUUUUUCCAUUAAAUAGAACAACAUUUUUACAUGCACUUGUACAGCUG